AUGUCUUCUACAGAUCCCGCAGAUCACUUUUCUAGCCUACCGGGCGACGUCCAACAUGACAACACCGCUGCCUCGGUGACGAAGGCCGAGCCCGCGGGGUCCAAGGCUGAAACAGAGCCCACCAACCUCGAGAACCACAACGACGAUGGCAAACCUGCCCUAUCCGCCAAGGCGGCGGGCAAACAGCAAGCUACCGACGACCUGAUCGACUUUGGCGACGAUGCUUCUGCCCCCGAACCGGUAGACAAAAUAGCUACGGACACCGCCAGAAAAUCCGCCGAAGGAUCUAGCCUCGACGCCUCCGCACCUGCCCCUGAGAGCGCUUCGGAACCCAUGGCCGCCUCGAUAUCGACGUUGAAGCCAACGAGCCCUCGUCCACCUGAGACCGCCACACAGUAUCUCACAAUAGAAGCGACUUCGGCCGCUUAUGUUGACCCGACACCUCCUACGCCGAGGACAUCUCAGCCUCCCUCUCGAACACCUUCGAAUGCAGGCCCGCGCCGAGUUUCGUCCGAGUCCUCUCCCACCCGAUCCGACGCCGGCUACGACGAGCGCAGAUACGCAAGCGAAGAUGAGCAAGAGGGAUCACGCUCCGAGAUUCAGAGCAUCAUGGAGCAGUUCACCGGCGAUGGCGGAGGCCCUGGCGCUGAAGAGGUCAUGAGCCCACGGUUGGAGAUCGCGUCGCCAAUGUUGGGCAGUCCGGGCAUCCAGCACCCUCCACGAAAGUCCAGUUUGGAACCUCUUGCCCCAUCGCUAUCGCAUCAAGUCCAGGAACUCCAGGGACUGAGGAUUCAGACUGCCUCUCCUGCGAGCAUGGUCUCUCGCGAAAGGCCGGCGGACGACCAGGGGCCGCCUGUACCCCCUAAGGAUGGGCCUCCGGCCACCCCAGCACGUUCACACGAUGACCGUCAAAUGAGUGUUGAUUCUCAAAUGUCUCCAGGGCUUCACCGGCCGCCGCCUCCGGAACCAGAGCCAGAGCCAGCCUUGCCAUUCGAUUUUCACCGAUUCUUGGAGCAGCUGCGAAACAAGAAAGCGGACCCGGUUGCUAGAUACCUCAAGUCAUUCUUAUCGGAGUUUGGGAAGCGACAGUGGAUGGUGCAUGAGCAAGUCAAGAUCAUUAGCGAUUUCCUAGCGUUCAUCGCCAACAAGAUGGGUCAAUGUGAGGUAUGGCGGGACGUCUCCGAUGCCGAGUUUGAUAACGCUCGCGAGGGCAUGGAGAAGCUGGUGAUGAACAGACUCUACACACAAACCUUUUCCCCUGCGAUCCCACCGCCACAGCCUAUCCCCGGCGCAAAGCCAAAGAAGAGAGGCGGCGAGCGACCUUUGGGUCCUGGAAGAAGAGGUCAGCAUCAAGAAGACGUUGAGCGCGACGAUGUCUUGACGCAAAAGAUCAACAUCUAUGCUUGGUUGAGGGAAGAGCACCUCGACAUCCCGCCGUCUGGUGAGAGUGGACGACGGUUCUUGAAGCUUGCUCAACAAGAACUUCUCAAGAUCAAGUCUUAUCGCGCUCCGAGAGACAAGAUCAUCUGCGUCUUGAACUGCUGCAAAGUGAUUUUUGGCCUGUUGAAGCAUUCUAAAUCAGAUUCAUCUGCGGACUCUUUUAUGCCCCUCCUAAUCUUCGUUGUCCUCCAAGCCAACCCAGAGCACUUGGUGUCCAACGUUCAAUACAUCCUUCGCUUCAGAAAUCAGGAAAAGCUCGGUGGCGAAGCUGGCUACUACCUGUCAUCAUUGAUGGGCGCCAUUCAGUUCAUCGAAAACAUGGAUCGAACGACUUUGACCAUCACUGACGAGGAAUUCGAGAAGAAUGUGGAGGCAGCCGUAUCGGCCAUUGCCGAGAAGCAUAAGCUGGAUUCUCCCUAUCCAACGCAGGAGCCUACGUUCUCAGAGAAGUCCGGCUUCAGCUUUCCGCCAAGUGAAUCUUCAACCUCACGACCAUCUCUGGAGAUUGCUGUGGGCGAGUCGUCGAUGCCGCGCAGAUCAACGUCAUCGAACGAAGGCGCCGCGGAUGACCAGGCUCCGAUCACCGGCCUCCUACGCUCAAUACAGAAACCCCUCAGCACUAUUGGGCGCAUGUUCUCGGAUGAGCCAUCUCCCCCACCAGCCGGACCAAGCAACGCUUCCCGACCGCCGCCGCAGUCUGAGCGACUGUCACCAAGACCUAGCAUGGAUAUCGAAGGCCAGCAGCCCAGCACUCGCCCCCAGCUCUCGGCAGAAGAAGCGGCGGCGAGACAAGCCAGUGCUGAAGCUGCCGAGGCCCAGCGCCUCCAUCGCGCGGAGCACAACAAUGUUGUCGAGACACUCGCGGGCAUGUUUCCCGACCUCGACAGGGACAUCAUUUCGGAUGUGGUAUACCAGAAGCAGGGCAGAGUCGGAUUGGCCGUAGACGCCUGCUUGGCCCUAUCAACGUAG